AUGCGUCGAUCCUCCGGGGAGCUACAACAACGUUACGAUAUGCGAGAGAUCCGGGUGAUUUCAGAUGCUGAUGGUCCAGGAUAUCUAUACGCUUACGUCGAUGGUGAUUUCUGGAAAGUGGGAAUGUCGAACGACUCUGUACGACGUCAGGAGGAGUGGGAUAAGGAGUGUCCUUGCUCAUGGAGAAAAUGGUUUCCGCCUAUCCGGGUCGCGAACAGACGGAGAGCCGAGUCCUUGGCGCAUCUUCUGCUUGAGAUGGAAUGUCUUGACCGCCCGCGAAUUUAUUGUCAAAACUGUCAGCGAGCGCACAUCGAAAAAUUCGUUUUCUAUGGACCUUUGCACAUCGUCUGGACCACGAUUGUUUAUCCGAUCUUUUUGAGGGCUGCUGUUUCGUGA